AUGCGAGUCGAUUUGACGGACAGCGGCCAAGUGUACAGCGCGUUUACAUCGCACUUCAAAUUGACCGAGCCAUUCCGCGAGCCACUAGACUUGCUCCCUGACGCAGUCAUUCACCUAGCUGGGUACUCACGAAACAUGAUUGUUCCCGACAACGAGACAUUCCGGGGAAAUACUCUCUCCACCUAUAAUGUCAUCGAAGCAGCCUGCCGACUAGGUAUCAAGAAGAUUGUCACUGCUAGCUCGGUCACUGUUUACGGUGUCAGCUUUGCCGAGGGCAACGUCGAUUACCCGUCCUUUCCGGUCCACGAAGAUGUCGACACAAAUCCCAUGGACACAUACGCUAUUUCGAAAGUCUGCGGAGAACGCGUCGCUCGUGGCUUCGCCCGUCGUUUUGGGAACGACAUAUACGUCUUGAGAAUCGGACCCGUCAUUGCGCCGCAUGAAUACAAGGGUGCUGUGUUCGACUCCUACAUCAAGACCCCGGAGAAUUGGGCUGUUCAUGGUUGGGGCUAUACUGAUGCGCGGGAUUUGGGUCAGAUGUGUGACCUUGCGGUUCAAAAAGAUGGAUUGAAAUUUCAGGCCUUCAAUGCUGUCAAUGAUGAGAUCACGAAUUAUACGCCUUCUGUGGCUGGGUUCUUGGCGAGGGUGUGUCCUGAUGUGCCUCAUACGCGGGAAAUGGAUGCGAGGGAGACGCCGUGCACGAACAAGAAGAUAAAGGAGAUGUUGGGAUUUACUCAGAACCACCCUUGGCAAGUUUAUUAUGAAGGCUGA